AUUGGCUUUUGGCGGCGACCAUUAUAAAGAGGCUUGGGUAAUCUCCAUUCCUAAGACAAUGUUGUUUGUCAGCUGUAGGGGACCGACACUUACAAUUAGUUCCUUAACUUACUUUCUAGGUACAUCGGUUUUCUCAGUUAUAUGUCUAUGAAACGUUUGAAGCCAGGUUUCCCCCUCCUACUAGUUACACUUACUCAGUUGUAAACCUAGCCUGAAUCACCAAUUCAAUUGAUAUCAAAUUAACUUCAACAACAUCAAAAACCCCAAACAUGAUGAAUACACGAAUGAAUUGGAAGUUUAGGAGUAAGAUCAGAGAUAGAUUCGUCUCUGGGAUUUCAUUAAUUUCCAGAAACUUUUCUUUUGUUUCAAAUACAAGUGUAGCGGACAUGGCAGCUAAAGAUGGUGAGCUUAGAGUUUUUAUAGUUUCUGGAGAAGUUUCAGGAGAUACUAUUGGUUCUCGCCUUAUGUCUUCUCUCAAAACACUCUCUCCUUCGCCUCUCCGUUUUGCUGGUGUUGGAGGGUCAUUGAUGUCUAAAGAGGGGUUGAAAUCUUUGUUUCCAAUGGAAGAUAUAGCUGUAAUGGGCAUUUGGGAACUGUUACCACAUUUAAAUAAAAUUAGGGGUAGGUUGAAGGAUGCAACAGAUGCAGCCGUUUCUUUUCAUCCUCAUGUUGUCGUAACUGUCGACUCCAAAGGCUUCUCAUUUCGUCUCCUAAAGCAAUUGCACGCUAAAUUUAAUCAGCAAGGUCUGGAUAGACCAUUACACAUCCAUUAUGUAGCUCCAUCGUUCUGGGCUUGGAAAGGUGGUGAAGCAAGACUGAAAGGGCUUGCAGAGUUUGUAGACCAUGUAAUGUGUAUUCUUCCGUUCGAGGAAGAAGUUUGCAGAUCAAAUGGACUUGAUGCAACCUUUGUUGGCCAUCCCAUAUUGGAAGAUGCGUUAUGCUCGCCUUCGGGAUGUAAUACUCCACCAAAUGAAUGGAAGAUGCACGGUGAUGCUGAAGGCUUUCGAAGGAAAUAUGGAUUAUCUUCAGGAGCCACAAUCAUUUCUGUGCUUCCUGGAAGCAGAUUACAAGAGGUUUCUCGUAUGAUGCCUAUAUUCUCUGACACUAUGGAGCUAGUUAAGGAUUCCUUCCCUGAGCUUACAACAGUUAUUCCAGUCGCACCACAUCAGCAAGUUGAGGAGUACAUAAGUGCUGCCAUCAAGACAUGGCCUGUUUCCACCAUUCUGAUAUCCGGGGGUUCCCCGCAGUUGAAAUAUGAUGCAUUCAGUGCAAGUAUUGCUGCAUUAAGUACCUCCGGCACCGCCGCUCUGGAGUUACAACUUGCUCGGUUACCCUGUGUUGUUGCCUAUCGAGCUCAUUUUCUAACGGAAUGGUUCAUCUGGUACAAAGCAAUCAUACCCUACAUUUCCCUCCCUAAUAUUUUGUUGAACUCUGCUAUUAUUCCUGAAGCUCUCUUUCAUCGAUGCACGCCUACUAAUGUAGCCGCAUUUCUCAAGCAAGUGAUUAAUGUAGAAGCCAUGCGGGAAAAGCAGAUAUUUGCUGCUGAACAGGUUCUUAGACUACUAUAUACUCGAAGAAGAAAUUUAGGUCCAGAAGAAGUGACAACAAAAUUUGAUUAUUACACCCCAAGUAUGACUGCAGCAUCCACCAUAUUGUUCUCCGCAAAAAGGAGCAGGUCAUAAAAUGUAAAUCCGAAUUCCCUUUUGUGGUUGUAAGAUUGAUGAAAGAAGAUAAACUUAUUAUACUUCCUCAAAUCAAAAUUUUCAUUGCCCAA